AUGCAAAAGAAGAUGCUCAACUACGCAUCCAGUUCUAAAAAUACAACGGAAAAUGGAAUGAAAUUGCUAAGCAUAUGUCAGGAAGAAAUACGGAGAAGAUUGCAACCUAUUAAGAUUGUAAUUAUAUUUGAAUAUAUUUGUCGUUUAAAACAAUGGACUUAAGAAGAGGAUGAAAUAAUAGUCAAGAAACACGGAAAAAAUUGGAAAAUGAUUGCUUCCCGUAAAAAUUAAUACAACUAUAGUUCCUUAGAUUUUUCAAAUAAUUUUGAGUAAACAAAUUAGAGAACGGUAUAUAAAUAAAAACAAGUAAUCAAUACUGGACCAUGGACUGAAGAAGAAGAUGCAACACUGUUUAAAUUGUAUUAAGAAUAUGGGGGAAAAUGGAGUCUCAUUUCUUCUUAUUUCAAAGGGAGGCCUGUAUCCUUAUCUCUUAAUAUUUAGGAAAAUAUGGUCAGAAAUAGAAUCUAUUGUUACAUUGUUGUUUAGUCAAAUUAUUCAAUUCUAAUUAGGAAAUCUAAAUUUUCAAAGAAUACUACAAUAUUAGAAGAGUUCAUCUUGGCCUCAUAAGUCCCUACUAGAUUAUUUAUAAAAAGAAUAAAUGAAAGCGAAAAUGAAGAUUACAAUGAAUAUAUCAAGUUUGAAUGA